AUGCCCCCUAAAAAAACGCCCAAGAUCCCAAAGUUUCCUAAAAAAUCAAGUCCAAGCCCUUCAGCGCCAACACUAAUCACAGCAAAUGAUUAUUUAGACCAUGGAGUUGAAGAAGAAGAAUCAGGAGAUCGUUGGAUAAUAUCAGAUCUUUCCAAGUCUUUAAGAUUUUAUCAAAGGGCAUAUGAAAACUACAUAGAGGCUAUCAAUAAGGAUUCGACACUAGUUGACGCUUAUUAUAAUGCGAAUAGAUUACUUUAUCAUGUUUGGGAAGUUUAUAAUACUGUUCCACCAAGUCAUUUGAAGAAUGUUGACGGAUGCGAUGUUGUAAAGUAUUCCUUGCGGGAAAUAAAGGACAAGCAUGAGUUUGUUGUUAAUAAGUUUGAUGAAGCUGGAUUGACAUGGGAGAUGUAUUAUAAUUUGAUUUUGAUUAAUACGGAAUUGAUAGAGAAUGAAGAUGUGGUUGGCAUCGAUGCUGUUUUGAAAUCUUGUGAGGAUGCUACUGUUUUAAUGGGAAAGGUGCUGGAUUAUCAAUUGAUUGAAUUGGAUUCAUUUUUGAAAAGAUUGGAAAAUCCAGAAUAUGAAGAAGAAGGUAAAGAGGACGAGAAUGAAGAUAAUUUUGAUGUUGUUGAGCAGAUAACACCGAGUGUUGUGCUCGACUCUAUUAUCACUGGUGCCAAAUUCGUCCAAGCAUCUUAUGAAUUCUGUGAUAACUACAUACAAAUCAAUGCAUUGAAGAAUUUUUUCCAAAGCUCAGGGUUUGAGGCAAGAUUACAGCAAGUUCUACAAUUGUUACUAAGUAAAUUUACUGUUGAGAAUAAUGCUCAAGAUGAAUUCAACUUGAAUUUCAAGAAUGAAGAGAUUGAAAGUGUUAAACUGGUUAAUCAUUCAAUAAGUGCAUUUUUUAUUAAUGAUUUCGAGCAAUUAGUUAACCAUUGGAAAACUCUAGGAAAUGAACUAGAUAAAAGUCCCUCUAGAUUUAUGGCUGAAGCUGAUUGUUUCCAAAGUUUUAAAGAUCGUAUUGAUUCAAUAACAUCUGAACAGCAAUGGGUAUUGAUCAAUCAUAUAAAUGCAAAUUUGAAAAAGGCACAAGAAUUGGUUAAGGAAGAACUAACAAUUCAUAUACAAGACAAGACAAAUGAGGUUUCAUCAAAAGUUUCCAAAAUUAUUGAGAUCUUAUUAUCAAGAGCAGAUAAUGAAUUAUUGAGAAGUUCAUUGCAAGAUCUUGAAUCCUCUGCUAAGAAUCGUGAUGUGUUGCGUCAAAAUACGGUCAAUUUAUUGAAAAGUGGAUUGAAUAUGGGUAAUACAAAUUGUGGGUUGAGAGAAACGAUCAGUGAUAAAUUGAAAAGAGAGAAAUUGAGAAGAGAAUGUGUCGUAAGAUUGGUUGUUCUAACAAAAGAGCAAUUCACAGAACAAGAUUUGAUUAGAAACCUUGGGAUGGAUCAUUAUAUGAAAGAGGUUGAUGAUCUAAAGAACAAUGAAUUGUAUAGAGCUUACUUUACAUAG